CCAGCUCAUUCAUUCAUAUUUCAUUCAAAGCCCCAUUACCAACCUCACACCCUUUCUCUCUCUCUCUCUCUCUCUCUUAUUAACAAAACAAAACAAAAGUUCAUAUUUUUUAUCACCUCUCUCUCUCUCUCUCCCUCAACGUUUCCUCCACCAGAUCUCUCGGACUAGCCCUUUGGAGAUGCGUGCCUAGUAGACCCAUUUUACUGGUCUCUCCUUUGUGUGUGGUUUUCUGGGCCCUUUCCGCUGCUGUGCCCAAAUAAAACCCACUAACCCACAUCUCUUUUGAUUCCGUGUUUUGCUUGUGUGUGUUUUGGGGUUCGAUUUCCGACCUGAAAUAGUUUUGGGUUUUGUGGGUUCCGAUCAAGUCGCGAUCUUUUAGCGGGAGAGACAAUGGGGGAGAGUGGGGUGGUGGUCAUGUUUAGCGAUGAGGAGCUGAGCGAGAUGAGCGGGGUGAAGAGAGGGGUGGACCAUAUUGAGGUCACGUGCGGCUGUACCAGCCACAGAUAUGGUGAUGCUGUUGGGAGGCUUAGGGUUUUCAUGAAUGGUGAACUGGAAAUCACAUGUGAAUGCACCCCUGGCUGUCAGGAAGGCACAUUGAGUCCCUCAUUAUUUGAGAAGCAUUCUGGAAGAGAGACAGCUAGGAAAUGGAAAAAUAAUGUUUGGGUCAUUGUUAAUGGGAAGAAGGUUCCAUUGUGUAAAACAGUUCUACUCAAAUACCACAAUGAGGCAUCAAAGAAUGCUAAUGGGUCCCAAAGAUCCCAAAAUGGACGAGCUUCUCACCGUGAUGAAUUUGUUUGUUGUACAAGAUGCAACAAGGAGCGCAGGUUUCGUCUCCGGACAAAGGAAGAAUGCCGAAUUCACCAUGAUGCUGUGGCUGAUGUGAAUUGGAAAUGUGCUGAUCUGCCAUAUGACAAAAUAACUUGUGAUGACGAGGAAGAAAGAGCAAGUCGUAGGGUAUAUAGAGGCUGCAGCCGUAAACCAACAUGCCAAGGCUGCACUUCUUGUGUAUGCUUUGGCUGUGAAAUUUGUCGUUUCUCAGAUUGCAGCUGCCAAACUUGCACCGACUUCACAAGGAAUGCUAAACCUUGAGUCAUAAUCUGGGUCCUCAUGUUCUCUCACCAUCCAUAAUGGGUUAUGUGUACCCAUUGUUGCUUGGUUCUAAGCACCCCCUCCCCCCAUCCUUUUCCCCCGCAUUCAAAAAAAGAGAGGAAGAAAAAAGUAAAACAAAAUUAAAAAGCAGCUCUUUCGGUGACAUUAUCGUUAUAUGCUACUCUUGCUUCCGGUCUAAGAGUUCACUGUAUGUGGUUCUCUUGACUGGUUUAGACUUUCUAAUUUAAUGAUUUAAUCUCAUAAUUUAUAUUUGGGUA